AUGCCUCUGAUCAUUCUCCUGUUCGUCGUCGUGCUCUCUGCCAUCCCUCCCCCCUCCGUUCUCGGGAUCGCUUGCGGAUCGGCGGUUGUCGGGUUCUACAUCCAUUCCUUCUGGGGUCUAGCAUGGCUCUCAGCAUGGACAACAUGUGCAGUUGCUGCAGCUCUAAGCUCGGCUGAACUUAUCUUUGAAGAGAAAUCGGCAGGGGAGAGCAGGAGGCUGGCGAUGUGCUCCUGGGCCCUCCAUGCUCCUUCUUUGAUGUCGAUGAACAUGCUGUGGAGCCUGCCGUCCUGCCUGACGCUGCUGCCGAGAUUGAUGUCGAUGGUGUUCUUCGAGAUUGUUGCAUUCUUGACCUUCAUCACGAUAUCCUUCUUAUCCAUGCUGGGCGAGAAGCAUUUAGAGCCUUCCGAGGACAAGGAUCGGGGCCACAAGGAGGAAGCAGGGAUCGCGACUACUCCCGUCGUCUUCGUCGGUGGACCCAACGGAGGGGAGUCGAGCUGGUUAGUGGCGAAGCUCAACUUUGCUCGACAGAGGCAGAGCUUCUCGCCGAUCCUGGUGUUCAACCUGGAAAAGGAGAGCAACGAAGGCAUCCUUGGGUCCUCCGACCGGCUCGCCAGCUUCGUCCAGGAGCAUGUGCUGCCUGUCUACGGGCCGAGAGUUUGCCUAGUCGGUCACUCGGUCGGAGGGCUGAUCUGUGCCUACUAUGCUGACUUCGUGGCCCCAAGCCAGCAAGUGAAGGUAGAGACAGGCGAUGCUGCUGCUGCCGAUGAUGAUGAUGAUGGUGCUGGUGCUGGUGCUGGUGCUGGUGCUGGUGCUGGUGCUGGUGAUGAUGAUGACGAUGUCAAGGUGGUCAGUGUUGUUUGCAUCAGCACACCAUGGAAAGGGAUAGAGGAGGGCGUGUCAGGGAAGAUCAAGAAAUGGUUGAUGUUUGGACCCAACACCUCUGCGAAGAAGAUGAUGGUUGACUUACAAGAAAACUCUGCCGUGCUGCACAGCAUUCAAGAGUGUCAGCUGCAGCCAGCUCACCUCCAGAGUGCGGGGAGAGCGAGGUUUUACAACAUGGCGGGGCGAGGAGACUGGUUGGUGCACCAAGGAAGGCAUAUCAUGGAGAGAAACGCGUUCUGGUGCUGCUGGCUCCCCCACGUGGGCCACUACUCCAUCCUCCUCUCGCAGACAGUGUGGGACCAGGUCCUUGUGUGGCUUCAGAAUGCCUGCAUGUCCAAGGGGAGCUCGGAGGUAGCGUUCAAGUGCGGGGUCAACGGGCCAGCGGAGGAGAAGGACGCCAAGAGGAAGCCGUGUGGGAGGAUGAACGGGGAUGCUGCAAGCUUGGUGUGA